AUGGCGGUUGUUGGGCUCAAAGUUAUCGGUUGCUGUUUCUGCCGCAUCCAAGAGGAAAAUUUUGCUUUCCCCUCCCAAGCGCACGAUAAUUGCGGCCUCGUUGCUGAGUUCCGACUCAUUGAUCACCCAGGCAAAGACUUACGCCCAAAAUGCUCGACUUUCAGCGUUGUCAGUUUGAACAGCCCAACAGGCCCUCUGCGUUCUCACUGUGGAGAGCGCAACGGUGAACGACAGCUCCGCCCGCAGCUUGGCGGAUGUGAGAGCCUCAUUCGUCCACAGACAGACGUCACGCACGUCCGUCAACUUCGCGGUGACAUCUACGUCCUUCGAUCCUACCGCCUCCUCUCUGCUCACAUCGCGUGCGCAGAGCCUGGCAAGAUCUCUUGUGAGAAAAAGAUGCCGCACUGUGGGGAUCACGCACCCAGGUGUCAGCAUCGUGGCGGUGGCCCCGCGAACGGCACACUGCAAAAAGUACUUUGCUUGAAGCACCAAUGA